AUGUUUCAAAGCCAGUCCAGUCCGAUCACGCUGAAAAGUGAUUCGCCCUUCUCAUCCGGCAUCGAUCUCUGCGUGGUUUGUGGCGACAAAGCCAUUGGCAAGCAUUAUGGAGCAACUAGUUGCAAUGGUUGCAAAGGAUUCUUCAGACGAAGGUAAGGGGUUUAUAAAUUUUAAAAAAUUUUAAAAAAUUUUGGAAAGAAAGUUUCUGCACUUUUUUAAAAAUUUUUUUGAAUUUUGUGAAAAAAAAAUAUUUGUAAAGAAAGUUCUUGCCAUUUUUCGUUUUGUAAAGGAAGUUUUUGCAAUUUUAUUACUUGUAAAGAAAGUUUUUGCUAAAUUCAAAUUUCACUAUAAAUACGUCCAUAUUUUUACCAAUUUGCGCGUGUAAACAAAGUUCCUGCAUUCCGCAAAAUAUUGACAAAACAAGUACAACAGCGAUCCAAGUGUUUACUUUCCGUUCAUCCUACCGUACCUCAUGUGAUUUGUUUAAACCGCAAAGAAUUUUCAAAAAACAUUAAAAAGUUGCUCGCGCGGCGCGAGAGAGCACGCCGCGGCGAGAGGGCGGGUCAGAGAAAGACGAAAGAACAGUCUCGCGAUGACGUCACGAGAAGCGGUCGCUCUCUGCGAACGUGAUUUCCCCACCACAAAUCAACGUUCGAUUUGAAACUUGGUCAGAGACAAAAUGCUAGCGACGAGUGAUGAAAUCGGCGUAGUGUAAGCAAAGUUCUUGCGGAAAGUUGCAAACCUGGAACUGGAAAGAAAGUUCUUGCGGAAAAUUUCAAAAUAUUAAAAAAAAUGGCAAGAACUUUCUUUACAAAACAAAAAAUGACAAGAACUUUCUUUACAAAACAGAAAAUGGCAAGAACUUUCUUUACAAACUAAAAAUGGCAAUAACUUUCUUUACAAAACCAAAAAUAGCAAGAACUUUUGUUACAAAACUAAAAAUGGCAAAAACUUUAUUUACAAACCAUAAAAUGGCAAAAACUUUCUUUACAAAACAUAUUUUUCUAUUUUUUAAUUUAAAAAAAUUUUAAUUUUAAAAAUUUUUCAGUGUCUGGCAGAACCUCCAGUACACCUGUCGCUUCAACAAACAAUGUAAAGUGGACAAGGACCACCGUAACGCCUGUCGUUACUGUCGUUUCCAAAAAUGCCUGGCCGACGGUAUGAAGCCGGAGGCGAUUCAGAACGAACGUGACCGCAUCGGCUCCACGAAGCGAAGCCGGAAGCGGACACAAGAAGCCGGCUCACCCGAUCUCUUCAAUAUUCCCAUCGAGUCACCCUUGGACGAACGUCACAGUGACACCGAUGACGCUUCUACAUCGUCAACGUUCGCUACAACCGAGAAUCAGAGGAAUUGCAUCGAGACGCUUCACAACAUCGAGAUGAAGGUGAACUCGAAUCUGAAGGAGAAGAUUGGCAGUUGCAGUGUCAGACAGUUAGGUAUCCAGACUAUCAUCGACUGGACCAACAUGCUCGCUCCACUGUCAGAUCUGCCUUUUAAUGAUAGAGUAAGUUGGGUUUGGGGUUAUUGAGGUAGUGGUUUUGAGAAGGUAGGGUAAAAUUGAAAAAAGUAGGGUAGGGCGGGGUAAAAUUAUAAAAUGUAGGGUAGGGCGGAAUAAAAUCAAAAAAGGUAGGGUAGGGCGGGGAGGGGGUAAAAUAAAAAAAAGGUAGGGUAGGGGGGGAGGUAAAAUUAAAAAAGGUAGUGUAGGUUAAGGUUAAAAUAGUAGGGUGGGGCAAGGGAGAAAAGACGGUAGGGUAAAAAAUAUUUAUAGAAGUGGGGGUGUUGAAAAAUGCGAAGGGGGGGGUGGGGAGUGUAGGGUAAACAAGCUCGGUAGAUAGGGUAAGGUAGGGUAGGGAGGAUAAGUAGGGUAAGGUAGGGUAAUGCAAGGUAGGGUACGGUACGGUAGAUUUUUUAACUUAAAAAAAUUUUUUUGGGGGUGGAUUUUUAAAAAUUUUUUAAUCUUAAGAAAGUAAUUCUCCAAACUUUCAGGUAAAGAUUCUAAAUUCUUCAACAAACGCCUUUGCCCUUCUCAACGUGCUCCAACGUUCCCAAAACUCAAACCACCUUAUCAUGCCAGACAACUCAGCCCUCUCCUUAUCAGUACUGUACUCUGCCGAUGUCUCGGUUAUUAUCAAUCGUAUCAUGGACGAGUUACUGACCCCACUUCGUCGUAUGUCAGUUGAGAACGUUGAGUUCUCGGCUCUGAAGGCCUUGAUCCUACUCCAACCCGACCUCAGCGGCUUAUCAGUGAUGAGUCGGGACCGGAUCCGAGAAGCUCGUGACCAACUGAACAAGGCCUUCUUCGUGCAACUCAGUACGAAGUACGGUCCUUUGGAAGCGUCGUUGAGACUGUCAAACCUACUGUUGACCAUACCUGCCGUGUUUAACAUCGGCGUCCUUAUCAAUGAAUGCCCCCAAAUGUCACAACUUUUCGGUCUGAGUACCAAUGACACUAGUCCAGACUACAAAAAAGAUGGCACUGAACUGUUCAGUAAUGAAGUGUUGCUAGCUGCUCAGAUUUUGGCUAGCCAACGCCAACAAAACUUUGUCAAUGUUAGUGUGCCGAGCACUAGCACCUUCACUACUAGUACUAAUGGUUCUUUGGGCAUUGGAAAUUUACCCGUAAGUAAUAUUUUAAUAUUGUGGUAAGAACUUCCUUUAAAAAACUAAAAAACGCAAGAACUUUCUUUACAAAACCGAAAAUGGAAAGAACUUUCUUUACGAAACAAAAAAUGCCAUUAUUUAUUAAUAGAUAACCCCAAAAUGCAAAAACUUUCUUUACACUAUCAUAAAACUUCAAAAAAUUCGUUCCCACCCAGUGUUCCUCGAACUUUUUAUAAUCAAGCGCACCGUCGGUUAACUUGCCAGAUCGGACGGGAUCGCGCUUUCGCACUGUGCAAAACAGACAAAUGGCGCUGCACUGUGCAGAAAAUAAUUUUUUGGCAAUAACUUUGCUUACAACGAUCUAAAAUGGCAUUUUUAAAAAUUUUUGAGUUUUGGAAGGAACUUUCUUUACAAAUUUUAUUCAAAAUUUUUAGUUUAAAAUUUUUUUUGUAAAUUUGCAAAAACUUUGUUUACAGGCGAAAAAUGGUUGUUAAAAUUAAAAAAUAUAAACAGUUGUCGUAUCUAAAUAUUAUUAUCGACAAAUAAUUAACUUUGUCACAUUUCCAGAUUUUCUCCGCCCCUCAAACUCAGCUCCAGUUCUCCGACUUGAGUACCAUUAAGAACUUUCUCAGCUGA